AUGUCUGCUCCACAGGCGCACAGUGCUCCAGCAGCGGAGCUACAAAGGCAAAUGGCCACGGCUGCAGCCCAACAAGGCGCACGUGCAGCGGCGGACCGAGCACGGACAGGAUUCUUCGAAGUCCAGGCCUAUAUCUCGGAAAACCCGACCAGCCUGAAGAUCCUCUGCUUCUGCUCGGGCUUGGCGCUGAUCGCUUUCAGCCUCCUGGGUCUUUUCAAUCCCUUUGACAUCAACAUCAUCCCAAAGGACCAGUUGUGCAAUCUGUACAAUGUCUUCUUCGGGGUGAUUAUCUGUGUCUGCGACGGCAAGGCCCUUGGGUUUUGGGUCUCCUUGCAGUUGCCGAGUCCAUCGCUGCAGGAGUCCUGGCUGAGAGCUUGUGGCGAUCUACAAGUCAGGGACCCAGGGACCCAAAAGUCCCGCGGCGCGGGAGCCCUCGCCUCGGCUCUGAUCUCCUGGCAUCCGGCGCCGUUUUUCCUGAGGGCGCCCUCUUCCGCAAGGCUUACUUCUUGGCCAGCCAGGCGUGUUUUCGCAGGGAGGCCCAGCAGACCGCGUGUGAGCAAAGCUGGAGUGUUGCCGGAGACUGGGCGGUCCUUCUUCUACUUGUACGUGGGCACCAUGACGCUCCUGGCCCGGGACUGGUUACUUCCGGGCGGCAUCCUGGACUUCUUCAACCGGAUCAUCGGGAUCGCCCUCUGCGUCCUGGCCAUGUUGAUGCUGGCCAGGGACUGGUGCGCCCCUCUCUGUUGCAAGGACAGCUACAACCAGAUGGGCUCGGGCUCCGGCUCCCAAGUGUAA